UUGUGGUGUGUACGCGCGCGUGCGUGUGGAGCUAUUGGGCUCGAGCGUUUUUUUACUGUGGUAGAGGCGCGAGACCCACUGAGCCUUCGAGGGGGGAAAAGAGACCGAACCAAGGGAAGAUUAAAAAAAAAGCGCGAGUCAGAGCUUUUCAUCUUUUUUUUCCUCCUUUUUUUAUUUCCCCCUCUUUCCUUCUUCCAAGAUGUCGGUCCCAGCGACAAAGAUGAGUAAAAAAGAGGUGAACUCGAACCAUGAUGGAGCAGACGAGACCUCAGAAAAAGAGCAACAGGAAGCCAUUGAACACAUUGAUGAAGUACAAAAUGAAAUAGACAGGCUGAAUGAACAGGCAAGUGAGGAAAUUUUGAAAGUAGAGCAAAAAUACAACAAGCUACGCCAGCCAUAUUUCCAGAAGCGGUCAGAACUCAUUGCCAAAAUCCCCAAUUUUUGGGUGACCACGUUUGUCAACCAUCCACAAGUAUCUGCACUUCUGGGAGAAGAGGAUGAAGAGGCACUGCAUUAUCUGACAAGAGUGGAAGUGACAGAAUUCGAAGAUAUCAAAUCAGGUUAUAGAAUAGAUUUUUAUUUUGAUGAGAACCCGUACUUUGAUAAUAAAGUUCUGUCCAAAGAGUUUCAUCUGAAUGAAAAUGGAGAUCCAUCUUCAAAAUCAACAGAAAUCAAAUGGAAACCAGGAAAGGACCUGACAAAGCGCUCCAGCCAGUCACAAACCAAAGUGGGCAGGAAGCGGCAACAUGAAGAGCCAGAAAGCUUUUUCACCUGGUUUACUGAUCACUCAGAUGCUGGUGCAGAUGAACUCGGAGAGGUUAUCAAGGAUGACAUCUGGCCGAACCCCUUGCAGUACUAUUUAGUUCCAGAUAUGGAAGAUGAAGAAGGGGACGGUGAAGAAGAAGAUGAAGAUGAGGAAGAAGAGGAGGGUUUGGAGGACAUUGAUGAAGAGGGUGAUGAAGAUGAAGAAGAAGAUGAGGAGGAAGAGGAAGAAGGGGAAGAAGCAGAGGAGGAGGAAGGAGAAGAUGACUGAUUUGUUUGCUGUUGACAUUCACCACCUCCCCCUACUUUUUUUUUUCUUUAGUCCCUGGGAGCAAGUUGCUGUCUUUUUGUGCUCAGUUUCCUUGUUCUCCUGAGGUCCUUAAACCAUAUACACAAUUGGGAUGAGUUACAUGCGCAAACAACAGUGGCAAUCUCUUUCUGCCAUUUUCCAUGAACUGAUGAAUUGUCCUCUAACCAGAUGAUCAGCACACAGACCUCCAUAGUAAUGUGCUUUGUAUUUUUUUUACUUUUUAUUUUAACCCCACCACUGACAAAUUCCCUCUGUUGGAAGCCCAGAACUUCUCUCUACCUUUUGUGCUGUGACCAUAGAUAAUUUUGAAUAGGCUUUUUUCUUACCAGUUCUGGCCCAGAGAUUACACUGUGUUUCCAUGUGAUGUGGACAAAUGGCAGUUACCAUCGUCCUUGUUUCCUUCUCUCUUGUAACAAAUUGGGGUGUGAUUGAAGCGCCUGGGGUAGAUGCAGAUGGUUGGGUUCUAAAGGGUGGGUUUGUUGGGUAUUUUGAGGACAUGGCUGUACUUAGCACGUUGAUGCAUUGUAUAUUUUUACAACAUCCCGUGCAACCAAAGCCAACACUUUUAAAUAUUAAUCGAUUUGAGCCCCACAGCAGAUGGUGACAACCUGUAGAAUCUUAUUGGAAUCUACAUUCUCUAAUGUAAUUUUUUGUUUCACUGGAAAGGAAAAUUGCUCAGUUUUAAACGUUAAAAGUGUACAAGUUGCUUUGUUACAAUAAAACUAAAUGUGUACACAAAAA